UCAUGGACUGUCCCGACCGUUAUCGUGUUCUAUGCGCACAGAUCCAAUUGACGGAUGACGCAUGUCUCUGGUGGAAUGUCUAUUGGGGAAUGCGUUCCGGUGAAAAGGAAUGUUGUACGUGGGACAAGUUCAAGGAGUUGAUUCGCGAGAAAUAUUAUCCCGCGUACUAUCGAGCAGUGGAGCGUCAAUUUCUAGCGCUUAAACAGGGUACUCGUACAGAGGACGAGUACGAGAGAGAAUUCACUCGACUUGGAGCCUUUGUCUUCGACCUGGUAAGCAACGAGGCAAAGAGAUCGAGAUGUUUCACUGAUGGGCUUUUACCAGCAGUCC